AUGCUGCGAUCAAGCAUUUGCUUAGUGAGGAAGAUGUUCCUGCCAUUCUAUUCCAAGGAGCGCGGUCCACCCAAAAUCCGUCAGCAAGUGGUGGGAACGAGGGGGCGAAGGUUCUUCAAACUGGUGGCAUGCAACCAGCGAGAUCCGCAAAAUGGUAAGCACAUGGAGGUUUUGGGCAGCUAUGCCCCCAAGGUAAAAUCCAACAUCAAGGAGAUCCGCCUGCGCUUCUCCAGAGUCAAGUUCUGGAUUGGUGUGGGUGCGCAGUUCAAUCCAGGAACGAGGCAGUUGCUGGCUUUGGCUGGGCUGAUUCCAACUCCACCGCCACUUUUCGGACAUCGGACCAAAGGCCACUACAAAGAGCUGCAGAAGGUUCUGGACCUGAGACAGGAAGCGCAUGAGGCCGCGGUGCAGGAAUACCAUAAGCAUUCCGGUGUCAAGGGCAUCCACGCGGCAGCCUCGUCCGUUGAGAGCCUCCAGCUAAUGAGGCAGAGUCGCUUCCUUCGAGACGGGCCGGAUUCCAACCUGUACAUAGCAUGUGAUCUGGAGCUUGAGUGUCUCAUUCACGGUUCCAGAUGUGAGGUCGCAGUAGCUGCAAGUCCUUGUGAGGAUGACGUGGUCGAACUGCUACACAUGCGACAGGUUCGGAUCGACGCUUCCUCGAACAGCACGAAGAAGGAGGAUGCAGGUCAAGAUCAUGUGGACGCUGUCAGAGACGCUGUCAGAGCUGCCACACUGAGUGCGACAACACCGGAUGCCCUGCCACUCCUGUCUUCGCUGAACACCUCGAAACGGCCAGAGGUGCAUUCUGCAUUUUGCCUCUCCGAAUAG